AUCAUUGGUGCUGUGGGAGGACUAGUGCCCCAUUGUUGGUGUCAAUGGAAGGAAUUCUGCCCUAUCGCUUGUGUCAGUGGGAGGAAUAUUGCCCCAUCAUUGGUGUCAAUGGAAGGAAUUCUGCCCCAUCGUUUGUGUCAGUGGGAGGAAUAUUGCCCCAUCGUUGGUGUUAAUGGAAGGAAUUCAGCCCCAUCGUUUGUGUCAGUGGGAGGAAUAGUGCCCCAUCAUUGGUGUCAAUGGAAGAAAUUCUGCCCCAUCCUUGGUGUCAAUGGGAGCAAUUGUGCCCUUUCUUUGGUGUCAGUGUGAGGAAUAGUGCCCCAUCGUUGGUGUUAGUGGGAGGAAUUGUUCUCUUUCUUUGGUGUCAGUGGGAGGAAUAG